AUGUCAUCAGCGGAAAUUGUGCGCAAAAUACUAAAACAAUCACCACCAAAUGAGCUAAAGGAGGUGCUGGAAGACUUGAAGGUAUUGACAGAGAUCGAUCAAGACGAUUUGAAUGGCUGUUUAAAGGAGUUUAACGAGCAGCAACUGAAUACUAUCGAUUUAGAUGGCGUUAGAACGUUGAUAACACCACAAUCGCAUAUAAAUCAUGAUAAAUACUACGAUCCAAAGUCAUCCAAAGUCUACAAACUCAACCAGCUUGAUCUUAAGGCCGAGAAUGUUGAGACAGUCGAUCAGCUUAACUAUCAGAAUCACAUUCGCAGCCUCCUCGAACACGCUUUAGAUGAAUACGUUGAAGAGUUCUACUCUAACGGAACAGCUGCUGUUUAUACUACCGUCAAAUGUCUCGAUAACAUGGAACAGGAACAAGAGCAGGAACUGGAAAAAGAGCAGAAUCAAGUCGAGCAGACAGACGAAGCUGUAAACGAGAGUGGAGAGAAGCUGCCAGAAGAGGGUGAUUCCGAAAAUGAGGAAAAUAGCGAGGAGCAACAGGAUGCAGGCAAGACAGAGCAGCAAGAAGAGUCAUCACCCAAGGAAUCUCAAGACAAAUUGGAAGAAGCACAACCUAAUCCAGUUGAUGAACCUGCUGCUCAAAAUACCCAGGAAACCAAAUCAGAGGAUAUCUCAGAAAUCAAUUUAUACUACACUGGUAACAAGUUCAACCAAUCAAAUUAUUGGUCUGGCAGAUGGAGAGCCAGGUGGGUGUAUGACCUGACAAGCGACGAGAUAGUCGGAAAUAUCGACAUUUCGAUCCAUUACUUUGAAAACGGAAAUGUACAAUUACAAGCAUCUCACGCGCCAAAAAUUAAAUCACCACUUCAAGGACCACCAACAACGCCCGAAGAAGCCAAGAAGCUAGUCAAGGCAAUCAUUGAAUCUGAUAGGCAAUACCAAGCACAUCUGAAUGUGCUUUAUCAAGAUAAAUUGAGUGAGAAGCUGUUCAAAAGUCUUCGCAGAGCAUUACCAAUCACUAGGGAGAAGAUCGAUUGGGACAAGGUUGUCAAUUACAAGCUAGGAUCUGAAUUGGGCAAGCUAAAUAGCUAG